AUGGGGCUCCUGGUAGAUGUUCCUAAAGCGGGAUUUGGAAACACUAACGAUGGCAAUACUUCAAGAAAAUUCUUUAAUGAGCCGGAAUGCUCUUCUCGAAUCACUGGCAUUAAUUUAGAUUUAAUAAGAAGAUUUAAGGUAAUCCUAGAAGUAAUUUCAAGUGGCUACAGCAUUGAUGCUGAAAAAUACGAUGCCUACGCACUCGAAACUGCAAAGAUGUACAAAGAUCUAUAUGGUUGGCAUCCUAUGUCACCAACUGUACACAAAGUUUUAAUCCAUGGUGCCCUAAUCAUAUCUAAUGCAAUUGUACCUAUUGAAAAUUUAUCAGAGGAGGCAGCUGAAGUCCGCAAUGAACACUUACGACAAUACAGGUUAAAUUUUGUUCGAAAAUUUUCACGAAUCAAAUGUAACAGAGAUAUAUUAAAUAGACUGUUACUAAGUUCAGACCCGUAUUUAAGCAGUUGCAGACCAAGGCAACAUAAGAAGACCAAGCCAUUUUUAAAAGAGGCAGUCAAUCUUAUAAUCGCAGACAAACCGCCUUUACCUCAAACUGAAAACGAAAGCUACGAAGAUAAAGAGGAAGAAACAACUGACGAAGAGGAAGAAGAAGCUGGCGAAGAGGAAGAUGAAGAUGACGAAGAGGAACAUGAAGCUGACGAAGAGGAAGAUGAACAGUUUGUCUGA